GACAUUGUCAAUGGAAUAGUGUGGGAUACUGAAUUUGGAGGAGUCUACAUACUUAUGCACAAGGAUGUUGAAACUUGUGAUCCUGACUUGGUUCAUCACAAUUUGUGCAUCCCAGAGAUGGACACAAGAAACUAAAGGAAAGACAUGCUCAAAUUUAACUCAAGUGUUGGACAACUGGAAGUUUGCAAUUUUAACACAUGUCAAGGACAUGCUGAUACAUGACCACGUCUCUGUUCUGCCUGAGUACAGUCGGAUUCAGCCUCUGUCUCUUGCCCUUGGGGACCUAUACACACAGUUCAACAGACUUAAAGAGGAGCUAAGGGAACUCACGGCCAAUGUUGACAAAGUGGAGAGUGUUGUGGAUGAAAUCAAAGAUGGCCGACUCCUUCCCGGACGACUCUAUCAAAAGGGCCCUCCCAACGUUGGACUGAGAGUGCAGAUGGGGGCCCGAGCCAGGCCUGGGGCUGGAACUCUGCUGAGGAGAGCAAGGAAAAGAGGCACCCAUACAGAUUAGAUUAGUGUAUCAUAAAAGUCAUAAAAGCUAUAUGAGAGUCCUGAAAAGCAUUAUAUAAAAAUGUAUUAUAUGCAUAUGUUAUUUAUAAAAUAUACUCAUAUCCAUACAGUUAAAUGUAAUCUGGAGGGUGAAAUGUAAACAAAGCCACCUCAAGAUGGCAGCAUUUGUAGUCCUUAAU